AUGUAUGUACAUACAUACGACAUAUAUAUGAGACACGUGUCCAUAUGAUAAAUUUCGUGAGAUGUGCGUGUCAUUACAUAUACGCCGCUGUGAAACUGCAGAUUUUGUUGACCGAAUCUCUUUUGGAAGCCGAAAAAACUUGUGAUAACAAUGAAUAAAACAUAUUUGUUAUGAUAAUUAUAUCAUUGCUGCGGCCACACAUAUAAUUAUCGCAAUAACAAUAAUAGAUAGAAAUAAAUCAUGUCUUUAAAUCAUGCUUUUUUACAAGACGAACUUGUCCGCAGAACCUUGUGCUCUGUUUUGCAUCAAGAAUAAAGAGGAUGCUAAUGUAUAGAUUCGCGGAUUAUAAGAAUAUGAUGUUUGUGGUAUCUCAAGGGAGGUUGUGUGGCAAUCACACAUGAAUUAACACGACGAUAACAAUCUCCAAGAAUUACGAAUCUUGCUCCAAACAGCUCCAAAGCGUAAACUGAUGCGUCGCGUAACUGCAUACAUUACUCACAUUACUGUAUGGAGUUCAACUUAUGCCGAAAGAAAUUCAUCCGUGUUUGUCAAUAUCGUAUGAUCAAUGUUACAUAAAAAUUCUUCACGAUGCAAAGGUGGAUGACGCUUGUUAUUUUGAUGACGCUUGCAUUCGUCGCGGGACAGCAAGUGGUAGAUAAUUUUAACACUGAACUGGUAGCGGAACAAGAUGACGCUCUCCUUUUAUUUUCUACACUUGGAGGAUUGCUUGUGGGUGUUGAUCAGUGGUCUGGGAAAAUACAAUGGCAGCAAGACGAUGAACCUGUGGUUAAAGUGCCUAUCAAUCUGUCGGGAACCAAAAUGCCUAUAUUUCUACCAGAUCCCAGAGAUGGUUCAUUGUAUCUCUUUGGUAGAGAAUCAGAGGCAUUGAAAAAGCUGCCAUUUACUAUUCCUCAGCUAGUCGCCAGUAGUCCAUGUAGAAGCAGCGACGGUAUAUUGUACACCGGUAGAAAAAUUGACACCUGGUUUAGUAUUGAUCCAACGACUGGUGAAAGAGAACAGCUUCUAAGUUUUCAUAAAGUGAAAGAUACCUGUCCUUUGGAAAUGCAGAAUAUCAUUUUUGUUGGUCGCACGGAAUAUAAUAUCAUCAUGGUUGACAGCAAGCAAAAAGACAGAAAAUGGAAUGUAACAUUCUACGAUUAUUCCGCUAUGCAAAUGGAACCUGAUGUGAUAGACAAUUACGAUUUGGUACAUUUUACCACAAGUUCAACAGGUCGUGUAGUGACCUUGGAUAGAAGAUCAGGCAGGAUUCUUUGGAAAUUGGACCUGAAAAGUCCAGUGAUAGCCAUGUAUACUGUAACCAAAGAUGGAUUGCUGACAGUUCCUUUUACAAGUAUUGCUGAUUCGUUGUUGGAAAAAUUUCCGACAAAGCCGACUGACGUACAAUUGUUUCCAACUUUGUACGUUGGACAGCAUCGAUAUGGUCUGUACGCGUUACCGUCGCUUGUUGAUUUGGAUACGACAACUAUAUCGAGUAAUAUAGGACACUUAUUGCUGGAAGGGCCAUUGGUGACGUCGCAUCUUCAUGCAGAUAAUAAAGUACCAUUGCCAGGGGAUUAUGUUUUUAUUUCUAAUAUUGACAUAGCCGAUGAUGGUUAUCAAAGCGUUAAGCGCACCGAAAACGUCAUAAUGUUAGGUCAUUAUAAGGUCCCCGCAGAAUACAAACCGCAAAAUCAGCUCCUUCAAAUAACUGGACGAUCCGAUCCGAUAAUCUUGGAGACUUCGACGUUGAAUGUCACUGGGGCCAAAUUAUCUAUCGCCAUGCAGUCUGAUAUGUCCAACGAUAGCGUACAGUCGGAAAACAAUCAGAAUUGGCAGAGAAUUAUCUCAAAAACAUAUAGUGCGAGCAAAAUAUGGCUCAAUCAACAACAGGAAAACAUAGAUACGAAAUUGAUCAUCAUCUCAAUUAUGUUGACAAUUAGCUUGACGAUUGUAACUUGGUAUAUAUAUAAGCAACGUAAGGAGCAAUUCCAGCAAUUGUCGCAGGGUUCACGCGAAAGCAGUCGCUUGAAUUAUUCUGGCAAAUCAGGCAACUCUGUUGUUAUACCGGAAGAGAUUGGGGAUGGCUUGGUUAAGGUGGGAAAAAUUACAUUCGACACGAGACAAGUCCUUGGCAAAGGAUGCGAAGGAACAUUUGUGUUCAAAGGUGAAUUUGAUGAUCGUGCUGUAGCUGUGAAGCGAUUGUUACCAGACUGUUUUACGUUUGCGGAUCGGGAGGUAGCGCUUUUAAGAGAAUCAGACGCUCAUGCAAAUGUAGUUAGAUACUUUUGUACCGAACAAGAUCGUAUGUUCAGAUACAUUGCCUUGGAGUUAGCGGAAGCCACUUUGCAGGAUUACGUGGCGGGUAAAUACGACAGGGAAAAGAUAUCGGUGAAAAAUAUAUUGCAUCAGGCCACAUCUGGAUUAGCACAUCUUCAUUUUUUGGAUAUUGUUCAUAGGGACAUUAAACCUCAUAAUGUCUUACUCUCUGCUCCUGGAUCUCGUGGAGAGGUACGCGCCAUGAUAUCAGAUUUUGGAUUGUGUAAAAAACUCCAACUCGGCCGCGUAUCAUUUUCACGGAGAUCCGGUGUUACUGGAACUGAUGGCUGGAUUGCGCCAGAGAUGCUGAAUGGAGAAAGGACGACGUGCGCAGUCGACAUUUUCUCGCUUGGUUGCGUUUUCUACUAUGUUCUUUCCGGUGGCAAGCAUCCUUUUGGUGAUCCAUUACGAAGACAAGCCAAUAUUCUCUGUGGCGAGAGCAAUCUGACAGCGCUCCAGGAACUGCCUUCGAAUGACAGAGAAUUAGCAUUAUUACUUAUCAAGGCAAUGAUAUGUAGCAAUCCUGCCAGGAGACCACCAGCUUCGGCAAUUUGUAAUUAUCCAAUCUUCUGGAAUUUAGCAGAGAUUCUGGGUUUCUUUCAGGAUAUCAGUGAUCGGGUGGAAAAGGAUCAGUCCGACAGCCCGGCCUUAAUAGCAUUGGAAACUUGCGGCGAACGUGUAACGAAGAAUGAUUGGAGAUUGUAUAUAGAUGUCGAAGUUGCAACAGAUUUGCGCAAGUAUAGGAGUUAUCGAGGCGAGAGCGUAAGAGAUCUACUCAGGGCUUUACGGAACAAGAAACACCACUACAGAGAACUGAGCCCAGAAGCACAGGAGAGUCUUGGCGAAAUUCCUAACAAAUUCACAGAAUAUUGGUUAUCAAGAUUUCCAUACUUAUUGUGUCACGUUUGGUGCGCGAUGCAGAAUUUUCGAGACGAAUCGAGCCUGAAACAAUACUACCAUCCACACUAUACUUUUACGAGUGAUGAGGGGCAACAAUCAAUCGUACAAAUGGAUCGAGUUAACAACUUAGCUCUAGCCAAGUCGGCCAGGACAAGACAAACGGAUAAUGUUGAUUGGAGUCCCAAUCGAACAAGAUACCGUGGUCAGAGAAGGAGACAGGAAAAGAGGAAGCAUGAAGAGCCAUCACCAUGGUUGCUGCAUCCAGCGAAUUGAAUUAUCUCGGGACUACUACAAAUUAAACAGAAAUGAAAAUUUGCGGGUAUAUUAACGUAUGAAAAUUUAAUUUCCGGUUAGUUGGAAUGAAUAGGAAUAAUUCCAUGGUUUCCAACUAACACAAUAAAAAUUACAAUUAUGUUUUUGAUCGAAAAAAAGAGAACUGAAAUCGUUCAAAUUACAAGCUGCUCUUUUUCCAAUACAGUAGUGUACUUAAUUUAAGACAGUUUAUAUUACUGUAUAUAUUUUAUACUGGUUUAAAUUUGCUUCAGAAACGUGAAGUUAAUGUAAUUUUUUUUGUGUGAGAGUGUCGAUAUCUUUAUUUUAUAUGAUAUUUGAUGUAAAAUGUAUAAAGACAGCAGGGGAACCUCCGUUUUAUUUGCAAUAGCAGUGUGACGAGCGAGUAAUUUGCGGCAAGUACACAAAAGAUCCUUUAUUCAAAUUAUCGAUUUGAUAUAAUACGGGUGUAUCAGUAUCUUUAUUAUCAAAUUUCUCAUGUUGAAGAACAAGACAAACUUAAAACAGCACACACUUGUAUAGAUAGAUUACAUAUUUAUAUGUGACAACAUUGAAGGGAAAUAUGUAUAAUCAAAUACUCUUUUUAUAACAUAAUGCGCUGGAUAGAAACGAUAUAACCGAAAUAAAAAGAAAAAAAAAUGCGCGUUUCUUUCUAAAAACAAGGGGAGCGACUGUUUCUUCUUUUCUUCUCCGCAUCAAUCGCAUAAUCGGACAAGAAGAGAAUCUAACUCACUAUUAUCCUCUCUAAUUAUCAUCUUUGCGCUUCGAAUGAGAGCGCAUAAUCUAUUUAUAUAAGCACAGUUUAAUGAACUUUAUAGGAUAUUGCUAUAAAAAUUUUAGAAAUGAGACCAAUACAAUCUCGCUUGUUUACAAAUACUUUGGAAGCAAACAUUUGUGUUCCAGUAGAUCCAGUUUUUGUUAGAACUAGAAUUUCUUUCAAUUAGUUCCUGAUGUGACAUUGAUUUUUAUUUUCCAAUCGGUGAUUUCUCUUCGGUAAUUUGUUGAUUCUUACGACGAGUUCUAGUCGUCGAUUCAAACGUGUUUAACGUAAAAUAUACAUUAUAACACUUAAUUAUCGAUCACAGUAUAUGAAAUACUUGAAAAAAAUUAGACGAAAUGCCGUUCCCCGAAUUAGAAAAAUACCUGGCUUGAAAUAUUAUACCUACACAUGCGCGAGCCCACACAUAUGUACAUUCAACAUUAUAUGUGUACAUUAUGAAUGUAUAGCGCGCGCGCGCGCGCGCGCACACACACACACACACACACACACUCAACCACUAUAUAUGUAUAUACAGAAUAAUAAUUUUUGAACUUUCGAACGCAAUUAUCUCCCAAAUUAUUCGUUAUUCCAAAAAAAUGUUACAAGUGGAAUGUAUUUUAUUUUGAAGGGGACAAUUUUAUUUGUUUUCAAUUUUAGAGAAAAAUAUUUCCGACAAGGCGACUUUCACGUGACUUUCGAAAAAUACACGUGAAAAAUCGAUUUUUUUCGAAAAUUGCUUUUAUCAUUAUUUGUCCUCCUUUACAUCUUAUAUACAAUGUUUAUCUAAUAAAACAAUUUUUUCUAAAAUUGAAAACAAAGAAAAUUUUGGAUGGCGAUUGUUAAAAAUGGAACACAUUGUGUGUGUUUUACAAACGUUAUGAAAAUAUAAACGAAUUAUAAAAUUAAAUAGAUAAAUGAGAAUACUAUUAAGAUUGAUUAAUAAUAUAGUAAAAUUACCUUUUUAUCAAGCGGCAGCAGUCGCCAAAAAGAAUGGCUGUGUGCAGAAAUUUGUACAUAGAUGUAUAAAAAUAUACACAAUAGAUACAUUCCUCUUCACACAAAA